AUGGAGACUUCAAAACUUUUUCUUCUCUCCUCCUCUCUCCUCCUAGUCUUACUCGCCACUCGUCCAUGCCCUUCUCUCUCUGAACGUUGCAACCCAAAAGACAAAAAAGUUCUCCUUCAAAUCAAAAAAGCCCUAGACAAUCCCUACAUUCUAGCUUCGUGGAAUCCCAACACCGAUUGCUGCGGAUGGUACUGCGUCGAAUGUGACCUCACCACCCACCGCAUCAACUCGCUCACCAUCUUCUCCGGCCAGCUAUCCGGCCAGAUUCCCGACGCUGUUGGUGACCUUCCGUUCCUCGAGACCCUCAUCUUCCGCAAGCUCUCUAACCUCACCGGUCAGAUCCCGCCGGCGAUUGCCAAACUCAAGCACCUAAAAAUGGUUCGCCUUAGCUGGACCAACCUCUCCGGUCCCGUGCCGGCGUUCUUCAGCGAGCUUAAGAACCUCACGUACCUCGACCUCUCCUUCAAUAACCUAUCUGGACCCAUUCCCGGCAGCCUCUCUCUCCUCCCCAACCUCGGCGCACUCCAUCUCGACCGGAACCACCUCACCGGCCCAAUCCCUGACUCCUUCGGAAAAUUCGCCGGCUCUACCCCAGGUCUACACCUCUCACACAACCAACUUUCCGGGAAAAUCCCAUAUUCUUUCAGAGGAUUCGACCCCAACGUCAUGGACUUAUCGCGUAACAAGCUUGAGGGUGACCUGUCAAUAUUCUUCAAUGCCAAUAAGUCAACACAGAUCGUUGACUUCUCACGGAACUUGUUCCAGUUUGAUCUUUCGAGAGUGGAAUUCCCGAAGAGUUUGACGUCGUUGGACCUUUCGCAUAACAAGAUCGCCGGGAGCCUGCCGGAGAUGAUGACUUCUCUGGAUUUACAGUUCCUGAACGUGAGUUACAAUCGUUUGUGUGGUAAGAUUCCGGUGGGUGGGAAGUUGCAGAGCUUCGAUUACGACUCCUACUUUCACAAUCGGUGCUUGUGUGGUGCUCCACUCCAGAGCUGCAAGUGA